CCUACAUAGCAAUUCAGGCAGCAUGAUCUCAGUUAUUACGAAUAUAUCACACAGACGACCUGGCCACUGAAAUAUUUUUAGACGACAGAAAGUUUGCAGUCUGUGUUUCUUUUGGUUUUUGAUGCAUGCGGUUUUUCACGCUCUGUCUCUCGAAACCGGAUUCCGGGGCGGGGCGUGAGCAGCGCCGCGGCCGCCCCUGCAGCGCUCUCGACCGGCAGGCGUGUUCAGCGAGCGAUCCCCCGACCCGGAGCCGAGCAGAAACACACCCGAGAAAAACAGCAAGGAAAUCAGCAGGGUUAACGGGGGAGAGGAAGGACGAGUACCUGCAACACACACACACAGACCACGACACCUGUGAUUAGUAUUAUUAUUAUUAAGAUUUUAUCAAAUGAAGUUUUCGGACUCCUCGAGAAGAAUUUGUAUUUUUUAAAUCAUUCGUGUUUUUUAGUUCAAGUCUAAGAUUAAUACCCACGGAACGGGAGUCCGACGGAACAAGGGGAGUCGCUGUGGGUUUCGCGUUCAGUUGCACACCUGAUUGAUGAUCACUCUUACCUGAUUCAUCACCGCCGCUGGGGAUUUCAGUUUUCUUUUCCUUUCAUAAUAUUUAUUAACCUUUGGAAGUAUGACGGUGAAACUGGAUUUUGAAGAAUGCUUAAAAGACUCCCCACGUUUCAGGGCAGCCAUCGAGACGGUGGAAAGCGAUGUAACGGAACUGGAGGCCAAAUUGGACAAGCUUGUGAAGCAGUGCAACACCAUGCUGGAGUCAGGACGUGUGUAUUGCAGUAACAGCCGUCAGUUUGUGGCCGGGGUUCGAGAGCUCGGCCAGUACUCCAGAGGGGACGACAUGAUGAGGGAAUGUUUGGAGAAGUUUUCCAGCAAGCUGAAUGUGAUGAUUGAAGCCCAGGGGGAGCUCAUUGAAACGACUCAGAAGUCAGUCAAACAGCAAAUCCAGAAUUUUGUAAAAGAGGAUGUGAAGAGGUUCAAAGACACCAAGAAGGAGUUUGAUAAGAGCAGCGAGAGUCUGGAGAACUCUCUGAUCCGCAAUGCACAGGCGCCGCGCAACAAACAGCACGAGGUGGACGAGGCCAGCACCGCCCUGCUCACUGCCAGGAGGGCCUUCCGCAACGAGGCGCUGGACUACGUACUGCAGAUCACCGUUAUUGAGUCAAAGAAAAAGACUGAAGUUUUAUCAGCUAUGUUGUCUCUGGUGGAGGCUCAGGCCACGUUCUUCGCUCAAGGGUACGAUUCCUUCAGAGAGCUGGAGGAGUACAGGAAAGAUCUGGCAGGGCAGCUCCAUCACCUGGUUCUCAACUCGGCGCGCGAUAAGAGAGACAUGGAGCAGCGACACGUCACGGUCAAGCAGAAGGAUAUUUCCUAUGACGACUCGAUGAUGGAGUUCAACCCUGAAGCCCGGAAUGGCGUCGCCAUGGAAGGCUACCUGUACAAACGAGCCAGCAACGCCUUCAAAACCUGGAGCAGACGCUGGUUUUCCAUCCAAAACAACCAGCUGGUUUACCAGAAGAAACUCAAGGACGCAGUGACGGUGGUUGUGGAAGAUGUCCGGCUCUGUACAGUGAAGCAAUGCCCAGACAACGAGCGGCGCUUCUGCUUUGAGGUCGUGUCGCCUUCCAAGAGCUGUCUCUUGCAGGCUGACUCAGAGAGGCAGCAGCAGGCCUGGGUCCUGGCGGUUCAGAACAGCAUCGCUACGGCCUUCCAAGAACACAGAGAGGACAGCCCAGGAUCGCGUCUGGAGCGCACAGCCUCGGUUUCAGGAGGGGGCGGAGCCGGGAUGGAUUUCCCCAGCCAGAGUCGGGAGAACGUCGACAAGCAGGCGCUGGAGCAGGUGCAGCGUAUCCGCGGCAACGACCAGUGCUGUGACUGUGGGGAGCCCAACCCAGACUGGGCAAGCAUUAACCUGGGAAUCACACUCUGUAUCGUCUGCUCUGGGAUACACAGGAGUCUCGGGGUUCAUUUCUCCAAAGUGCGAUCGCUGACCCUCGAUUCCUGGGAGCCGGAACUGUUGAAGUUAAUGUGUGAGCUGGGAAACUCCACCAUGAACAGUAUCUAUGAGGCCCGUAUUGAUGAGAUGACCAUCAAGAAACCUCAUGCUGGGAGCCCCAGGCAGGAGAAGGAGUCCUGGAUCCGCUCCAAGUACGUCGAGAAGAAAUUCAUCCAGAAGCUUCCGGAGACGGGACGCCCUCUGCGCCGGUCCAGUGCCCGUCGGAACCGGGCCAACACCCAGGAGCGUCCCAGCGCCAGACCCCCCCUGAAACCCAAACCGGGCCGCGCCACCCUGCCCCGACUCGCAGGUUUACCCAGCAGUAGCCCGGCCAGCAGUCUGAGUUCAAGCCGCAGCAGUCUGGCUUCUAACAAAGACGGGGAGGAGGACCCGGUUGAAGACAGGGCGGACCGGGAGGAUGAUCUGAGCACGCUCCACCCCGGGGCUCUGCUCUUCCGAGCCGCGGCGCUGCAGAGCUUCCCCAUGAUGGCGGACGCGCUGGCGCACGGAGCCGACGUCAACUGGGUCAACGCCGCUGAGGAGAACCGCAGCCCGCUGAUCCAGGCCGUGAGCGCGGAUUCCCUGGUGGCCUGCGAGUUCCUGCUUCAGAACGGAGCAAACGUCAAUCAAACCGAUGCUCGGGGGCGGGGCCCCAUCCACCACGCCACGACCCUGGGUCACACGGGGCUGGUGUGUUUGUUCCUGAAGAGGGGAGCGGAUCAGAGCGCCCGGGACGGGGAUGGCAGAGACCCCCUCACCAUCGCCAUCGACAACGCCAACGCAGACAUCGUCACACUACUACGCCUGGCCAAGAUGAAGGAGGAAAUGAUGCGCGAGAUGGAAGGGUCCUACGGCCAAUCAGUCGUCCGGGGGAGCUGCAGUGUUUGCAAGCUUUGUGUUGUCACCAGCCUUCUGCAUUCAAACAGGUGAUGAAACGUACCACGAUAUCUUCCGAGACUUCUCUCAGAUGGCGUCCAAUAACCCAGAGAAACUGAACCGCAGGAGUGACGACCUUAAGACCUCCACACUGUAGGGGGCGACGAAGUGCCCUGCCUGUCACUCGCUGCCUGCUAUUGCUGGGGAGGUUGUCGUGGCGAUUUUAGGUCACGGUCAGCCUGGUAAACAUUAGGAGGGGAGACUCUGAAACCGUGAAAUGCUGCCAUUGUUUUUCACAAUAUAUAUAUAUAUAUAUAUUUUUUUAUUUUUUAUUUUACUUCAGGGCUUAAAGACUUGUGUCUCUUGGUUUCAGGUAAAAUAAAUUAUCUAAAGCAAAACAUUUAUGGUUGACUAAUAAAGACCUACGAAGUGUUUUAACAUCUUCAGUAAAUUUGUAAUGUGAUUUGUUGCUACCUGGUUGUAAACAAACUUUGCAUUGGAAAUGUGUCAAUGUGGAAUUGGUAUAAAAAACCUGCCAUUUAAAAUGUCUGUUCGUUAGGUCGUUAAUUAGUGUGUACGUUAAAACCGCACUUUAGCCAUCUCAGUAAAAGACCACCUCUGCUUUUACCAACUGUUUUUACCUAUUUGUUUGCCUGCAAUACACUAGCUGUGCACUAGGUGGUGCUGGCGUGCAUUAGUAUAAAUACCCUUUGACUGCCUACAUUAUGUCAACUGAGGUUUUAGUUCCCCAUUGCUUUAUAUGGGGAAACACCGACAUCCUCAUAGGAGGUCACCAUGCAUUUGCGUGCUAGUCUUCCAUUUUAUAUUUCUCUCUCUCUCUCUCUCUCUCUCUAUAACUAACCUGUUGGGGUCCAAGCCUUCUCAGUAUUCAUUGCGAUAGGGACCACUCUGAUUUGCAAGCACCAUAAAUAGGCAAAGGGAAAACAAACAGAAUGUAAUUGGAAACCGUUUGCUCGUUAAUAUAGCAAAUUAUGAAUUUGUCGUUUUUGAUUCAAAUGCUGAUUCAACAUUUUCUAAUGCAAAUACGGAAGGAACAAUCACUUUACCAGACUGAGCCAAUUCCCUUCAAAUUACACUUUUUAAAAUCCUUUCAGCUGCAGUUACACCUUUUGACCAAGUGGUGGCACUGUGUGCUAAGGUAACAUCGAUCAAAUACAGCAGUUUACAACAAAGCAAAAAAAAAAACAAUGUUAUUUUGCAUCCCUAGUUGUUAAAAGUGUAAAAUAAUAUAUGACGUUGUAUGAGUUUGUGCCUGUGUUUUAAUAGCGUUGUCAGUGUCACUGUGUCCCUUGUUCAAAAGAUCAGUAAUACUGCUUGAUCCCCAGAACAGAGUCAGAAAUCAAGGCUUUAAAAUCCAUUCUCUUACUGCUUAUUAGCUUUAUUAAUAUUAUUACUGGUACCCCUUUUAAAGGAGCGCUGACCAUCUUUAAAAUCCAUUCUCUCAUCACAUAUUAGCUUAAUUAACACUCGCUGGCCCAUAAGUCCAUCUACCUGCUGCACACAUUUGUGCAUUAUCUGCAUAUUAAGCUUUUAAAAAAAGCUGAUUUUCAGAUCAGCACUGCAGAUUACCCAGGAGUUGCUGUUGUUUCCUGGUAGCUGGGCACUUCCUGUGCUGUAGGUACAGUCUCUCAAGUUCAGAGAUCUGUUGGGGGUCAGGCAAUGUCACUGGUUGAUGGUUUUUAUAAAGAUGAGGAUAUCAUGAAACCACUCUAGGAUCGGCCGUUUUGGCUCUAGCUCCUGUAUUUCGUUCACAAUGCUGUCUCCAUGUGUGAGCCAAAAUGGCGGCAGUUGCCGAGCCUGGUCUGCUGUAAAAUUUCAGUUAAUUUCAGGCCUGCUGUGAGACAGCUGUAUAGAUUCUGUGUCUAUUUGUGUUUUAAUUGAUUUGCUGUUUUUAUUUUUUUCUUUCUGCAUCAUAAAAAGAUUUUUAAAUAAACUAAUUAAAUAUU